AUGAUUUCCAAGAGCCAACGCAAGCAACCCCCUCCUUCCAAAACCGCCGAGGACGGCGCAGUGCAAGGACGACCGCUUGUUGCGUACACCAAGAAACUCAAGGUGUCCAAGUUUCACCGGCUCUACAAGAAGGCUUGGAGGCAGGAGGUUUUUGGGAACCAAGCAUUUAUCACCUGGUCCUCUCGCACCGCGGAACACUUUGAGGGACACAACAGUGAUAUCUUCCAAUUUGUGCUUGAUACCGAUACAGCUGAUUUACCUUCCCUCCUUCAACAUUCCGAAUUUCAAACCAAGCACAAACUCUACGAUCUUAUCCACACUUUUGCCCAGGAACAAGCAACCGCAACCACCCCUACUGAUGCUUACCGUCCUACCAAAGAUCGCACCUACGCAGUUGACGACACAUCGCCAACUGUUAUUUCGUUCCUGCAAAUUGCCCAAGCUGUUUUUGUCACCAGCUGGGAUACUUAUCUGAAGCAAAUCGCUCUCCUUGAAAACACAAAGAAAGUGAAGGCCUAUCUCUCUGCUUCUACUGCUGAAAAAGCGACACAGGAUACAGCAAUGGCACUCGCCGACCUUGAUCUCAAUGACCCUGUCACAGUCAAAAAUGUCAUUGAUAAAAGUGUUGCUGAACAAACUAAACAACUGGAACGAAAACUCCAACAAGUUCAACAAGUGCUUGCAAAAAACUCCAAUCGAGGGGCCAACAAGAAAACUCAACCUGGCGCCUCUCUAAAAAAAUAA